CCUUACAGCGAGCAAGGUCAACGACCAUGGCCACAUCAAGACACGGUCUGUGCCGGCUCUGCCUGGGGCUUCGGUCGAGCCCGGCCAGAUCUGCGAGCCCGUUUGCGGCAGCUUUGAGAAGCACGUCGAUACACAGUACAGCAUCCAAGCAAACUCGUCGGAUACAGACAUCUCGAAGCAUUGCCAGUUCAGCCCGCCGGCCCGCAUCUACAGCAAAGGAAUCGCGGCCUGCAGAUGACAGUGGCCCGAGAGUGUCCGGUAGUCCACCCAAAUCCCGGAGGCGAGGCCUCUUCGCAGCAGCCCUUGUCCUCGGGGCUGCUGGGUGGGCAUGGCUAUUUGUCGAAUCCAGCAGCUCCAGCGGCGAGGUCUACCCGACCAAGUUCACCCCCUUUACAGUGACUUCGAGGGAGCAGAUCUCGCCGACGGCCUUUAUACUAACCAUCCGCAAUGACCAGCCCGGCGCGGCGGCCAUCAACGCGUCCUCGGUCCGUGACGCCUGGCAGCACGGCCUGUGGUCCGUUGAGAUCAAGCAGCCCCAGCUGCAGAUUGCGCGGCACUACACGCCGCUGCCGCCGCUUGUAGUGGACUCUGAGGAUCCCACUGGCCGGGUCAGCGGCGGUGACGAGGACGAGCUGCGCUUCCUGGUCCGCAAGAUGGACACCGGCGAGAUGUCAAACUACCUGUCUCGUCGGCAGGUCGGCGACCAGAUCUGGCUCCGCGGGCCGCACAUGGGCUUCGACGUGUCCAAGCGACUGGGCUCAGCUCAGCAAGUUGUCUUCCUGGCUGGUGGAACGGGCAUUGCCCCAGCUCUACAAGUCGCCCAUAAACUGCUUGAGAGCAAGCAGGGGCCAGCCGCGGAGACCGACCUGCCUACAGUAUCAAUACUAUGGGCUAACCGCCACGGAGUUGAUGCCCUUGGACGACAAGAUGGACCUGCAAGGAGCAGUGGCUCACCAUGGUUUUCAUGGCUGUGGCGUGGCUCCAAGCCAGCGACCAUCACCACCAACACCAACACCACCGAAGAAUCGUCACCAAGGACAGCCUCGCCAUCUGCCGGAUCGCCGUCAUUGACUCGGCAGAUCCUGGACAUGAAGGAAAAGUACGGCCCGCGGUUCCACAUCGAGUACUUUGUCGACGAGGAGAACUCGCUCAUAACCAAGGACGACGUCUCCAGUGCCCUCACGCGAAAUCUCGGUCUUCGUAACAGCACCAGCAGCGACCCCACUCGCUGUGUAUGGCAUUCCGCGGGCCUGCUCGAGCGCCUCGCCGGUGACAACGACGUCGACCGCGCCAAGGACCCGGCUCAUUCCGUCUGUGCAUGCACCAGCAGCAGUAAUGGCGGACAACAACGACAACAACAAGCAGGCAAAAACCUCUUCUUCGUCUCCGGGCCAGACGGCUUCAUCCGUGCCUACGCAGGAGCCAAGUGGUGGCAUGGCGGCAUGGAGAUGCAAGGGCCCGUCCGCGGGUUGGUCGAGGGGAUGAUGCGGAGUGGCACGAUCCGCAAGGACGACUGGCUUGUCCUGAAGCUGUGAGCAGCUGUGUGUAAAUAUAGUAUAGACUGUACGACUACCCUCGACAUUGUGUGCUGGUGGCAGGUGUUCUGACACAGACUUUGAUCCGUUGUCUGCAGUUGUCAAUGCCCGCAACAACGACGCAUCAGACCGCCAGAUGUGCACUAAAUAGAGAUAUCACAGA